UGUUCUUGUUUUUGUGCAGACUUUCCAGCAUUAUCCUUGCUUUAGUGAUUCAUGUUAUUGACCCUGGAUUGUUUCCUGACUACCGAUUUCUGCCUAGCCCUCCUGAGUGUUGAAUGUUUCUUCUGUGUACCGACUACUGGACCAGCUUCUUGACCUCCCAUUUUUGGAUCCCUUGGCUGUGCUCGUUUGCCGGCGGCACCCAGCCCGGCAGUGACGUCAUCCCUGCAUCAGGGGACAGGGCUGCGUCCCUGCAAGAGGAGCAGCCGAUCGGACUGGACACGCAUCUCAAGUACAGACCGGCACUGCGCAGCACAGCAUCAAAACACACAGCUUUGGUUUUUCUCGUUAUAACUGAAAGACCCUGGUUAAAUAUCAUGGGCAACGUACAGCCCACCAUAGUCCCAUAUGAGGACUUUGAUGUGACGGCUGAUAUCAAGGCGAUCAGAAAAGCAUGUAAAGGUUUAGGCACAGAUGAAGAAGCCAUCAUUGAAAUCCUGGCCAAUCGAUCUGCAGCUCAGCGUGUGGAAAUCAAACAGGCCUUCUUUGAGAAGUAUGAUGAUGAGCUGGAGGAGGUCCUGAAGAAGGAGCUGGCAGGGAGCUUUGAGAAAGCCAUCCUAGCCAUGUUGGACCCUCCUCAGAUUUACUUCACCAAGGAGCUGAGGAAGGCCAUGAAGGGGGCGGGCACAGAUGAAGCUGUGCUGGUUGAGAUCCUGUGCACAGCCACCAAUGAGGACAUCAUUAGCUACAAGGAGGCGUAUGCCCAGGUGCAUGAAUGUGACCUGGAGGCAGACAUUGAGGAUGACACCAGUGGAGAUGUGAGGAACCUGCUGAUCUCACUGCUGCAGGCGAGCAGGGAUGAAGGCUAUGAGGUGGAUGAGGAUUUAGCUGAACAGGAUGCAAAAUCUUUGUUCGAGGCAGGAGAAGGCAGGUUUGGCACCGAUGAGUCGACCUUCACCUACAUCCUGACACACAGGAACUACAUGCAGCUGCAGGCCACCUUUAAGGUCUACGAGUCGCUGUCAGGAACAGACAUUUUGGACACCAUUGGCUCUGAGGCCACAGGAACUCUCAAGGACUGCUACAUUACUCUGGUCAGGUGUGCUAAGAACCCACAGCUGUUUUUUGCCCGACGCCUUAAUGCUGCCAUGAAGGGGCUGGGCACUGACGAGGACACACUCAUUCGCAUCAUUGUAGGCCGUUCUGAGAUCGACCUGGAGACGGUGAAAGACAUGUACCUGGAGAAGUACGAUGUUACCCUGAAGGAUGCCCUGGAUUCUGAGUGUGGUGGAGACUUCAAACGCCUCCUCCUUGCAGUUCUGCACUAAAACCUCUCACCUUCCUCCUACGGGCCUUAUUUAACAUCUGUUCCCACUCAUUCUUCUUCCUCACUCCUCUUGCUUUUACUACUUUCAACACCUUCACUCACUCCAAGAUCUUUUUCCACCUGUUAUUCUCCUUACACCCCUUGUCUUCUCUCUCACUCUUAGAGACAGUCAGUUCUCUUUGCAGCUCGGACCAAAAACCAACUCAUUAUUAUAGUGUUUUGAGACAUGUUCAAUUUACAGUCAUAGUCUUUGAAUACACAGGUUUGCUAAGAACAUUACACACAGUGGAAAUUCUCUUAAAAUUAUAAUCCAGUAUAAAGUGGCGUUGCGUUAUAUAUUUGUUAACAAUGUUAUGGCAGCGUUGUGGACCUUAUGCUGUGUGAAGCUUGUGCAGCUGAGUAUCAUGCUAAUGUAUUUACCCAAAUAGAAGUUUAUUCACCUUUGCACUGUGCAUUCCAGCUAUAGUCAAGCUGAGCUGAAAGCGAUAAACAUUAAGAAGCUGCAGCUGCUUAACAUAAAAUACGUAGGCUCUUAUAUUUGUCACUUUUGUGCGUCGCCGUCACCCAUGGCUGCUGUCAGCUUCACCUCGAUUUGCCUCAAAGAUGCCUUUCAUAAGAUUAUGGCAAUGCAACUUCCUUUUUUGCUGCAACAGUCAACACAUAAGUGCCGAAAUAUCACGUUUGAUCCCUGGCAUCUGGAUACACCAGAGGAUCAGUUAUACAUGAUGAUGUUAAUAUCACAAGCCUGAAUGCUUUAAGUAUACACUGUGGGGGUUUUGUAGUCACAUCACUAAAUGAGUAUCGUGUUACAGUACAGUAUGUGGGAUCUUAGCUGUUUGUAAUCACAGCUCACAAGCUGCCUUGUCCUCACAUUUGUACACAUUAUUAGAAGAUUGCCUUUUUUAAUGUUGGCAGUCAUUGAGUUCAGUACAGUGAUACAGCCAUACACCUGUGUAAAACCUUGAUGAGAUCACUAUGCAUUUAACAUUGUUAGAUGCUGAUGUUGAGACAUACAUCUUGUUCUGUAACCCCUAAAGUACAAUCACUUACAAUGGCCACGCUGUCUGUAUUCAUGUAUGGAAUUGUAUCUGAGCUAAUUUUACUUAAAACCAAGAUUUUAGCACUAUAAAUUACUGUUAUGUAAUGUCACAUAGCAAAUUAAUACAUUAAAUUAUAUGAAAGAAGUCACUGAUUACCUGUUUUAAUGGCAUUAAUAUAUGUAUGUGUGUAGUGAUAAUAAAUUUUAAGUCCUCCA